AAAAAAUUAUACCAAGGGCUAUUCAGAUAUGCAGGCAAAGGUUCGAUCUGCUACAUCAAACGAUCCAUGGGGCCCUAGCGGAACUGCAAUGAAUGAGAUUGCUCAGGCUACAUAUGAUCCACAUUAUCAUGCAGAAAUAAUGGAAAUGAUUGAUAAAAGAUUGAACGACCAUGGUAAAAAUUGGAGGCAUGUUUUCAAAGCUCUUACUCUCUUAGAUUAUUGCCUUCAUGUAGGGUCUAAAGAAGUUGUUGCAUAUGCUAAAGAAAAUCUAUAUGUAGUAAAAACUUUACGAGAGUUCCAAUAUAUAGAUGAUGAUGGGAAAGAUCAAGGUGCUAAUGUACGACAAAAGGCUAAAGAUAUUACUAACCUUCUUCAAGAUGAUGAACGUCUUAGUGCAGAGAGACGUAAAAGAGCUAAUAUGAGAGAUAGACUAACAGGUCAUAAUGAAUUACCCGGGCCAGUUAAUAAAAAUUUAGAAUCUGGAUAUUAUGAUCAUCCCGGAAAUUUAGACGAUGAAGAUGCUGAUAUAAAAAAAGCGAUUGCAGAAAGCUUAAAAACAGCAACUGAAGAUGAGAAAAAUAGUACUAAAGAAGAAGAAGAUUUAAAGAGGGCACUUAAAUUAAGUAAAGAGGAGGAAGAAAAGAGACAAACAAUUCUCGAAAAACAGAAUGAAAAUUUACUAUUUGAUCCUGGAUACUCCUCCAACGUCAAUCAACUUCCACAACAACAAAAAGACUUCUUUGGCAACCCGGUAACCCCAUAUAUGAAUUCUCAAUUCAAUCAACUUAAUCAAUUUAAUGGAAAUCCGAACAGUCAGCAAUUGGAUCCUUUCGGAUUAAUUGACAACAAAGCUUUAAUUAAUACGAAUUUUGGAACCACAUCAUAUCCAACAAGCAAUAGUAUCACUUCUUUUGGAAGUUUGUCAUCUAACCUCAGCUCGCCAAACCUAACAACAUCAACAUCACUUGAUGUAUUUAAUAAUAGUCAACAACAACCAGCCCUCAAACCUAACUCUACUGAUCAAAAACAUCCUGAAUUGGCUGCCAUGAUUGGAAACAGGGGAGAUGGUAUGGACACCUUUGGUAAUGUGGGUAAUCUUCGCGUCCCAAUCGGCUCAGGAUUUGCCAAUAGCUUGGCAGAUCAACCCUCGAACAAUAUACAUUCUCCGAGAAGGUCCAAUUCAACAGGCAAUAUUAGUCAGGCCAAUCCAUUCCUUAACAGUGGAGACACAAACAACCCCGGCGGCGGAGCUUUUAAUACCCUCCCGUCUAGUUUCAACUCUCCACCUGCAGGAAUUGCUAAAAAUGAUUUCCUUAAUACAUUCAGUACAAACAUUAAUCAGCCUGCACCGUUAUUUUCUACUUUACCUUAUACAACGACUAGCCUUCCCACUAGCAAUAGCCUUAUUGACAUUGAUACAGGCAGCUUUAGCAGCCAAGUCAGCAAAAACCCCUUUCAAACACAGCAGACAAUGAUUCCAAGCGAUAUUAACCAAACAAAAACUCUCAUGGACAUUCAACGAGAGCAGCAGCUCCAACAAUCGCAAGGGUCAAAUUUAUUCGAACAGCCUAAUCAAGGCACCAAUGUGGGAUAUGGAAAUCGAUGGUGA